CUCGCCUGGAGCGCGCGGGGGAGGCGGGCGGAGCGCACGGGGCCUCGGGGGCGCACGGCACCGCGGGGCUCUGCGCGGCUCGUGGCGGCGGCGGCGGCGGCCGGGGCGCACGGCUGAGCUAGCGUCCCGGGAGGGCGGCGGCGGCUUGGGUGCGCAGCCCCGCUCCCUGCCGCUAACCCAGACCCGCCACCUCUCUGCCAUGGCUCUGGCGGACAGCACACGUGGAUUACCCAACGGGGGUGGCGGCGGGGGUGGCAGCGGCUCCUCGUCCUCCUCCGCGGAGCCGCCGCUCUUCCCCGAUAUCGUGGAGCUGAACGUGGGGGGCCAGGUGUAUGUGACCCGGCGCUGCACCGUGGUGUCGGUGCCCGACUCGCUGCUCUGGCGCAUGUUCACGCAGCAGCAGCCGCAGGAGCUGGCCCGGGACAGCAAAGGCCGCUUCUUUCUGGACCGAGACGGCUUCCUCUUCCGCUACAUCCUGGAUUACCUGCGGGACUUGCAGCUCGUGCUGCCCGACUAUUUCCCCGAGCGCAGCCGGCUGCAGCGCGAGGCCGAGUACUUCGAGCUGCCGGAGCUCGUGCGCCGCCUCGGGGCGCCCCAGCAGCCCGGCCCGGGGCCGCCGCCGCCGCACUCGCGGCGCGGGGUGCAGAAGGAGGGCUCGCUGGGCGACGAGCUGCUGCCGCUCGGCUGCGCGGAGCCCGAGCAGCAGGAGGGCUCGUCGGCCGGGGCGCCGUCGCCCACGCUGGAGCUGGCUAGCCGCAGCCCGUCCGGGGGUGCGGCGGGCCCGCUGCUCACGCCGUCCCAGUCUUUGGACGGCAGCCGGCGCUCGGGCUACAUCACCAUCGGCUACCGCGGCUCCUACACCAUCGGGCGGGACGCGCAGGCAGACGCCAAGUUCCGGCGAGUGGCGCGCAUCACCGUGUGCGGCAAGACGUCGCUGGCCAAGGAGGUGUUCGGCGACACCCUGAACGAGAGCCGGGACCCCGACCGGCCUCCCGAGCGCUACACCUCGCGCUAUUACCUCAAGUUCAACUUCCUGGAGCAGGCCUUCGACAAGCUGUCCGAGUCGGGCUUCCACAUGGUGGCGUGCAGUUCCACGGGCACCUGCGCCUUCGCCAGCAGCACCGACCAGAGCGAGGACAAGAUCUGGACCAGCUACACCGAGUACGUCUUCUGCAGGGAGUGAGCUCCCCAGACCCCCCCUCGCGACCCCAGCGCGCCCGUCCCCCGUCCUCCCUGCCCAGGGGAGCGUUCUAGGUCGCCCCUCCCGCCCCACGCCCUCCCGCUGCCCGGUCCCCCACCUUCAGUAGCUGGGCCAGGCCCACUCACACCCCCCUCCGCCCCCUCCCCCUACUCGAGAACCUGCGGCCGCAUAUCCUCUCUCGGCUUCUUUGGACCCCGCUAACCGAGAGCCCAGAUGUACCCCCUCCAGCGCUUCCUCUGCCCCCUGCCUCAAGCCGCCCCUCCCCUGGACGGUCCUUCGCCCUGGAUCUAAUGGGGCAGCGCGGCCACAAAGUCACCAAGUACCUGGGGCUGGCAGAGUUGUUCAGAACCCGAUUGGACCCUGUCCAGUGUGUAGAAGAUUCCUUGACCUCCCAAGCCCUUUUGACUGAUGCUCGGUGUAAGAGAUCAGAAUUGAGAACACUGUCUGGGAGUAGUUAGGGUUUAAAAGGUCGUCACGUAGUAGCCUUCUGACCUUCUUUAAAGGUAGAGUUUUUAAAGGGCUGGAUGGAAGACUCUGGACCUGGACUUGGGAUCCCGUGGAGGCGGUUCAGUGACUACAAAUGAAUGAAGUUUUGAUAAGUUAUAGGUAGGACGUAGGAAAAGAACCUAGUGCUGGCACAACGAAGGAUCGAAUCUUUUCCAUGCACCACGAAAGGUCUUCGCCUGUGGCUUAAACUUGUAGAAAGUCACCCCACCGCCCCACCCCCACCCCCCCCCCCCCCGCCGCGUGAGGACGCCUCCUUUCCCCUUGGCUCCAGCGCCAGGAAGCCUUUAGUUCGACCUGUCGAGGAAGAUUGCUGACUCCGACCAGGGCCAGGCAGCCCGGGUCACCGAGCGCUGCGGGAAGUCACCUGGCAGUGCCUGCAAACGGAGCUGGGGAGUCGUGCACGUCGUGGGGAUUAGGAAAGCCCGUAUUCUUGCAGUGAAUUGGCAGUAGGACUUUAGCUCGUAAGACUUGGGGGGUGGGAUGGGGAGGGAGGAAAGGAGGGAUGAAGGGGUGGGAAGGGAGGAGCAGACACACUCAUUUAUUAUUUGAAAGUUGGAAGUUUGUGCCAUCCGUUUGAGUACACGCACAUUAAAAAAAAUAGUACACAAAAACAUGCAAAGCAUUUUAUAAAGAUGAAGAACAGAUUUACUCUUAUCUGGCAGUUUAUUGAACUAACUGUUUUGAGUCCUAAACUUAGAAGUUGCUGAUACUUAUAUAACCUAACCAAAGAGUUACCCAGUAGUUUUUGAACUUAAGUUUAGCCUUUUUUUUUUUUGAACUUUAUCUUCUUGUUGAUUAUAAGUCUUGAUUUUAAGAUCUAGUAACGAGCAAAAUGUUUGAUUUUUGGUUGCUUAAACUUCAGAUUUCUUCUUAAAAAUCCUCAUUUUCCUCAAACCCAGCCAAUGUUGACUUCUGGGCAAACCCGAAAACCUGAAAAUGCCACUUCUUUCAUGCAGACUGGUUGAAAUUAAGGUGGAAUCUUUUUGAGUGACAGAGCUGCAGAGAUAGAAGCCCCAAGCUGCCCAUCUGUAGAUAGCUAUACAAUGAAAUAUUUUUAAAAGAACGCAAAAAAAAAAAGUACUUACAAGUGGGCUGAGCAAUAAAGUAGUGUUUUAGGUAAAUGCAAGAGAAACAGAAGGAGACCUGGUUGCCUUAUACCUUUACUCCAGUGGAAUCAAUUCCCACUGCAUAUCCUAUCUACACCUUAGGUGAAGGGAAGUAAAUCCUUGUCUUUCAUGCUGUGAGGCUCCUUUGGAUAUUGUGUAAUGACGGAGAAGCCUUUCUUUUUUCAUUAGUUUCAGCAGUUUCUCUGAAGUAUGUUUUUAAAGAUUUUGUAAGGGUCGUUUUCAGUGUUCAAAUUAGUGCUAUUUUUUCUUCUUUUUAAAAAUGAAUCUUGUACUGUAAUCUUACUAUGUCCAUAACAGAUACUAAGAAUGGGAAGUUUUAUUCUUAGACUCAUGUGAUCCAAUCUGUAUAUACCAUAUAUAAGCAUUUUACACGAAUCAUUUAGUUUUUUAAUUAAUUUACUAAUGCUAAAAAAUUUGCUAUACUUACCCCCCCCCCCCCCAGUAACGUGCAUCAGAUGGUGUAUAUACUAAAGCAACAUGUUUUCAUGAGUUUCUUAGAUCCUUGUCUCUGGGGACAUUGGGUUAGGAAAAAAAAAUACAUCAUUAUAAAACAGAGUUUGCUCCAUACUUUUUUCCUUGGCUACUAGUUAUAUACUAAUAAUGUGUCAGUUAACUGUCCACUUAAAAUCAAGGUACCUGUAUUUUUAACCCGCUAAUUCUUUUUUUUUUAUUGGUAAACAGAAAGAUUUGAAGUCUUUUCAUUGGAGUUACAUUUUUAAAAAGAUAAAGUUAGCUUUAUGUAUAAAGACUGAAAUUGUAAGGGAAAUGGAAGCAAAAAUCCAGGAAGUUGUGUUCGCUUAUACGUUGGGUGUGUUCUCAGAGUAGGUAGUGCAACAGAACUUAUCUGUUUCAAGCCCAAAAUGAUUUAGCAAAUUUGCUUUCUGGACAAAAGAGUGUGUCGGAGAUUUCUCCACCCUCUAUGCUUUUCUAUUAGAUCAUGCAACAAAAAAGCACAUACUUGACAGCAUCUUAGGACAGAUCAAAACCACUGACAGAUGCCAAGACACUGGGAUUCUUAUUUUUCUUGUUAAAACUGCACAGCUCUGGGAGUCCUGGGAAACUGCUAAAGUUUUGUUUAUGCCACUCAAGUCUUAUGGAUUUUAUCUUGUAAAACUUUGAGUUGAACUACUGCACUUCUUUGGGCGUACAGAUCUUACUUCCUUACACACUCUGGCUGCCCUGCCGUGCUCCCCCUACCCCUUUCAUUCCAUGAAAGACUGGGAAUUCAAAUGGGUGGAGACCUUAAACUGACUUCUUUUCCUACAGUUGACUGUCACCUCUAAAGUUGACAGUCGAAAAAUGAAAAUACUCUACUGUUAGCCCAAAGUAGAGACUGGCUGGGAAACUCUACACUAGAUGGAUAAUAUAACUGUGGCAAGAGGGACUUAGCAUGGAUAUUUUUGGGUUCCUUCUCCUCUGUGCUGUGGGCUACAGAAGGACCCUUCGUGGUCUACAAAGUAGUAGAGUUGUCACCUCUGAGUUUGGACAGGGUAUUGAGGGGUUCGUACGUGUAAGCCCUCCAAAGAUAGCAUUCACAUAACCUGGGAGAAUGUCGUAAAUUAUUCAGAUAAUUAGGACUGCUUUAAGCUGACCCAGCAUAGCAUGCAUUUACUUAUGGCUUUAAUUACCAUUUGGUUCCUAAGUACAAGUGAAUGACAUGAGGUUUAACAAAUUUCAUUAAAAAAAAAAAAGAAUUGUUGACAGUGGUUUAAAAAAACAGGUACCAUAUUCAAUGCUUUUGCACCAGGUGUUGAGUAAGUUGCUUAUUUUUAAUACAUGUAUAUCACAAACCAUAUUCAGUCUAAUUUUUUCAAAUUGUAUGUUGUGAAAAAUAUUCCUUGGAGAUGUGAGACUUAGAAUUUUUUUUUCCCUUUCAGUACUGUUUUUAUUCUUGUGUUUCUUACUUGUUUUUUGUUUUUUUGGCAUUGAUAGCAAAGUGAAAAUUUGUAAUUCUAGACAAAAUUGUCUUCUCUUUCAAACCAGAUCCAUAUAUGGGGCCUGUUACUUCUCUGAGGAAAUGCAUAAUCUAAAUUCUCAGACAAAAAUGGGUGACUGGCGAUGCUCAUAACAUAUUCCAAUUUUUAUUGGAAUUUUCCAUGGAAUGUUAUUACAUUGAAGCCAUGUAAGGUGAAGCUUUGAUAGUUUUUUACUUUUUAAAUUAUGGUAAAUUCUAAUCUAAUGUUCAAAACAUUUUUGUACUCCACAUGAAAAAUGCUAAAUUAUAGUGCAAGUAUUUGGAAAAGUAUUGACUGGAGGGGUUGAAUUCUGUAAGAAUUUCUUUUAUAGUCUCAAUCGUAAGUACUUUACUCAAUUGACUUAAAUUUCUAAAAUAGUAAACUGAAUAUUUUUUAAUGUAAACUUAGCUGAGUAAAUCCUUUGGAUCUUUUGUUGUUUUUUCCUUACUAUAACUCAUUUUAAAACUGAAUUAGUUGUUAAGUCUGUCUUUUGAGAAUAAAUAAAAUACUCUUGGGUUUUCAGUGGCUGUAGUACCUGAUACAGGAUUUCCUAGAGUCAGAAACAAGUUAUGUUGAAGUUAACUUUUCUUUGUCACAAUUUUGGACAAUAAAAAUAUAAACAUAUUUGAAUUUGAAGAUUUAAAUUCUCUACUGGGGCCCUUAGAUGGAAGAAAUCCAAGCAGACUAUUUACAUUAGAGUUUAAUCUUGUGUGGUAGGAAGAUGAAUAGUUGACCAAGAAUUCUUGUCACCUUAUACAUUUUGUGUGUCCCCUCCACCACAGGCCAAGUUUUUUGUAUUUUAAAUGUAUUUUGAGGUAUGUAGUUUAAUUACAACAUUAAUUGUAAUGUAAACUAUUAUACAACUGUCUUUGUGACUUUAUAGACAGGUGAAUUUUGCUAUUACUAUUGAAUACUAAUGAUAGUUCUUUUAUGACCACUCAAACAUCAGUAGUGACAUUUAAUGACAAAAGUUUAAGAUGUCCAUUGUGGAUGUUAAUUUUGAAGACAUAAACUAUAUAUUAUUUAAAUUCUUCCCUACAUCUGGAAAAACUCUUAUCUGCUAAACAAUGUAACAAUGUAACAAUGUAAUGUAAGAUUCCCACAGAGCUCUCUGGGAUUAUGCAAUUGUUGAAAACAUUAUAUACUAAGUGAUACAUAUCACGAGCCAUUUUCUCAAAAUAGAAGGGGAAAGGAGAAAAAAAUUGUAACAAUUAUCAGACUUUUCUAACGAAACAGAAAGCCAAGAAAAAAAAUCCCUCUAUAUUUUAAAAGAGAUAUUUCAGACAUGUUCAAACUUUAAGUGAGAAUUUCUUCAACUCUCUAAAUGCUCUAGAGAUUUUUGUUCUCUCCAUUCACAACCAGUUGUAUAAUAGGCCUACUCGAUACUGUUUUCCCUGUGUGUGAAGUAAUGAAUCAUUGAUUAUGUGACUUGUUAUGUAUCCUAUUAAACACUAAGGAAUAAAACAUUCACUCCUUUAA